AUGGCGGGCUGCACCAGCAUCUGGGUCAGCAAAGACGCAAAGACUGAUCCCAAACAGAUCUUCAAUGGCCGGCUUUUCUUCCUCCUCAUCACUGUUGCAUGGGCUGGAUGCUUCUACGGAUUCGACUCCGGCAACAUUGGCGGCAUCCUCACAUUGCCGUCAUUCGAGAAUGCUUUUGGUCUGACAGGCUUGUCGCAAGUCGAGCUCGAUGAAAGAAGUGGUACCAUCGCUGCUAUGCUGACAGCUGGAGGCUCGGCGGGCGCUCUCUGCGCAGCACCCACGUCGGAUUAUCUUGGCCGCAAAUGGUCCGUCUUCCUCUGGGGCAUCGUCUUCCUCGUCGGCGCAUCAAUGCAAAUGAUCGCCAACUACGACGUGCUCCUCGCCGGCCGCUUCCUUGGCGGUAUGGGCGUCGGUGCCUCUUCCAUGCUGAGCCCUCAAUUCCUCGCCGAGAACUCACCCAAAUCCGUCCGCGGCUCGAUGACAGCCACUUACAACCUCAUGAUAGUCACUAGCCUUGCCCUGGCCUUCUGGACGAACUACGGGGUCAGCUUGUGGAAGGGUCAUGAGCAUGACAACAAGCAGUGGAGGACGUCAAUGGGCAUCCAGCUCAUCCCUGGGGCGUUGAUGUGUCUGAUGAUUCCAUUCGUCCCAGAGACGCCGAGAUAUCUCAUCAACCAGGGCAAGACAGAGAAGGGGCUGAAGAACCUGACCAAGCUGCGGAAGCUACCUGCACACCAUCCCUAUGUGCAGACUGAAUAUUCCGAGAUCGAGGCGCAGACGAAGUUCGAACAAGAGGCACGUUCAGGACACAGCUACUUGGUCAUAAUCCGGGACGUCUUCACCAACAAGAGUAACUUUCAGCGCUUCUUCCUUGCUGUGAUGCUGUUCCUCUUCCACAAAUUUACUGGAACCGACAGCCUCAACUACUACGCUCCGAGCAUCUUCGAGUUGAUCGGCGUCAAGGGCGGCAGCAACACACUCCUAACCACGGGCGUCUACGGCAUCGUGAAAGUGGUUACAACGAUACUAUACGUCGGCUACCUCGUCGACCGCAUCGGCCGCCGCCUGCCUCUCCUUGUCGGGGCUUCCAUCCAAGCAACCGCAAUGUUAUAUCUUGCCCUCUACAUUCGCUUUGCACCAGGGGGUAACUCCAGCACAGAUACUGUUGAAGGUACUCCAGCAGGCGGCAUCGUUGGCAUCGUCAUGAUCUACCUGUACGACUUUGGCUGGUCGUUUGGACACUCAGUCGCUUGCUACGUCGUUGCUGCUGAGAUCUUCCCAACCCGCAUCAGGUCCUUCUGCAUGUCAUUUUGCUUCUUUGCGAACUGGAUUGUCGAUUAUGGGAUCACCAAAGCGACGCCUGUCAUGUUGACGGAAAUGGGCUGGGGUACCUUCCUCCUCUAUGCCAUUCUCACAUAUGCUGGUGUGGUUUUCAUCUUCUUCUGCUUGCCCGAGAUGAAAGGUCGCUCAAUUGAAAGCAUGGAUGAUCUUUUCCAAAGGCCCCUUUGGACUAUGUGGAAGCACGCAUACCCGACUGAGGAGGAGAAGGUCCGCCGAGAUGUGCAGGAGACAAAGUUGGGUCGUAGUGACUCGAUCGCUGACAAGGAUGCUGCCGUGGUCUAUGUUGACAAGGUGUAG